AUGUUUCAAGCCAGGCAUUUUAGAAUGCCACGGCUUCCUAGACCACAGAGUCCUAUAAGCUUCCAGGCAUUACCUAAGAAAAAUAAGAUUCCGUAUGAUCCAUAUUUUCAUAAGCUUCAAGCUCUCCGAAAUAAUCUUGAAAGUUUACGCCCAACCUUCAGCGAGAUUAUCAAACAAACAUCCCCACCGCUUCAAGAACUUGUCAAGAAGCUUCAAGCUAUCUACGAGAAUACCAUGAAUUCAUAUUUAGGCAAUCUUUAUGAUACAAUUUCAGAAGGUAUCAAUGAAUCAUAUUCAUUGUUCACUGAUAUUCAAACAUCACCCGAGAUUGACAAACUCUACAGUUCUUUUAUUACCCUAGGAGCUUCUAUUCAGCAUCUUUUUUCAGUCAUUUUUCCUUUCAUCAACAAUGAUAUUAGAGGAAGAAUCUUCUGCUCGGCAACCAAACUAUCGCCUACUCCACUUAUACAAAUUGAAAACGCCGUAAUUUGCCGUAUUUGCGACCAACCUAUUGAUAUCGAUCAAAUCGAAGAACAUACAGCUAAAUGUGUUGAGGCUUUUCAAUCUGAAGCACUUAUAAACAAAUGUAACUCUGAUCUCAUGGAAUUAAGAACACAACUCGCUGAAAAUUUUCUUAAAUUUCAAUGGCCAGGAAACGAUGAUCAAACUUAUCCGAUAUUACAUGCUACUAUGAUUAUAGAUGCUAUUAUACGUGUUGGAAACGAUGAUUUAGAAUCCCCUGAAGAAAUUUCUGAUUUAAUAAAACAUCUUCUCAAUGUAAAGCUCCCCGAAAUACACUUCAUUAUAGACAGAGCCCAGGACAUCUCGUAUGAGAAGAAAAGAGCCAUUAAUGCUUACAGCGCAACCCGUCAAGCACUUGGCCCAUCAAACUUACCUAAAAACCACCCAAAGAUCACUAUUGCUGACUUCGAAUUCAUCAAGCGCGUAUCCCGUGGUGCUUUUGCCCGAGUUUUUUUGGCAAAGAAAAAAUCGACAGGAGAUAUCUACGCGAUCAAGGUCCAAUCCAAGUCAAAUAUCCUCAACAAAAAUCAGGGCAAGAGGAUUCUCGCUGAAAAAGAUAUACUUUUACACUUCCAAAACCCUUAUAUUAUUAAUUUUUACUAUUCCAUCCUUGGUACUCAUAAUUUCUACAUUGUCAUGGAAUACUUGCCAGGUGGAGACCUCUAUUCCCUUCUCCACGAGGUUUAUUCCAUUGAUGAAGAGUCCGCCAAAUUCUACGCGUACCAAAUUGCCAAAGCCUUGGAGUAUCUCCAUAAAUGCGGAAUCAUUCAUCGUGACCUAAAGCCAGAUAACAUAUUAGUUGACGCAAAUGGAAACUUGAAAUUGACAGAUUUCGGUUUAUCGUAUCUCGGAGUUGUUGAUCGUCGUAUUAAUUCUGAUGAGAACAUAGUUCAAAGCGAUUCUCUUGUAGGGACUCCUAACUAUGUUGCUCCAGAAAUAAUUCUCGGACAAAAACACAGUUUUCCGGUUGACUACUGGUCCCUCGGAUGCGUUGUCUACGAAUUAUUGAUGGGCGAACCGCCGUUUACUGCAGAUACCGAAAAAGAAUUGCAAAAUAAUAUUAUUCUUGGCAAAUUCGAGCAUUUGGAUGACGAAUUCUCUCCGGAAUGCCAAGAUUUCAUAUCAAGGCUGCUCACUGUCGAUCCUUCGAAGCGUUUGGGUGCAAAUGGAGCUGAAGAAAUCUUAAAUCACCCUUGGCUCGCAGGAUACCAGCCAUCUGAGAAGCCAUUUGUUCCGAAUAUUAAGUCGGAGACAUCAACGGAGUACUUCAAACAAAGAUACGAGUUCAAGGACGAUAAUGAUACUUCUAUCCUUGACGAUAUCGAAGCUGCGAAGGCCCAGGCGGAGGAAACAAAGCCUUCUCCUGCCAAGGCGACACAAUUCAACUCUGUUGGAAUGGCACAGCUCGCAGAAGCGAAUUUGAAGGCUGCACAAAUCGCGAGAAGGAAAUCUUGUAUCAACCCACAGAUUUUACAGAUGGCAAUGGCGGAACAGAGCAAACUUAGCCAGGAUGAUACACAUUUGAAACCAAAAUCAUUAUAA